GUGUGCUAGUUUUUCUCUCGGUGCAAAGAAUCGUCCAUAAUUUUUACCGUAUAUCAAGUGAAGCUUAACUUUGUGACAAAAAUCUUUAACAGUUUUGCGUGAGUGAAAGUGAAUUACAGUGACUAGAAAAUGACUGAUACUGAGAAGAAUGCACCAACAGCGACUGCGGAAGUUGAAGAACCCAAACCUGCAGAUAACGAUGGAACUGAAGGCGAUGUUCAAAAGGACAAUGAGCAUCAGCGUACUAUUAAUGUAGGCAAUUUGCCGAAGGAUAUCACGGAGCAGCAGCUGCGCGAUCACUUCGACGGGCAUGAAGUUGAGCGUGUUGAGAUUUAUCAUUAUCUGCGCAACACCUUGGCAUUACUGGUGUUCAAGGACAAAGCUGCCGCUCAAAAGGCAUCCGACGAAAAAGAUGGCACAAUGCUGAACGGUCGUCGACUUCGUAUACAUCUCGAGUACAUUACGAUUCGGUACACUAAGAAGGAUGUGAUUGUAAUCGUUGUUGACGAUGAUAUGACCGAGGAGCAGUUGUACGAUCGCGUUAAAGAACACUGUGAGGUGACUCAAGUGUUCAUAUUCCAUCCGCUUGGUUAUGCGCAUCUGGGCAAGGACGUAGACAAGGCUGCGGUAUUGGAAAAGUUGACCGCGGCCGGUUUGAAGGCAUAUGACGUGAAUGGGCGCGACCAAAACCAACACGUCGAUCUGUGGCGUGCGGCCAAGUUGUUUUUCCGUAAUCGUAACAGGGUUCAACUGUUGAACGUACCCCAAAAAUGGGUAGAAAACACAGAAGAACUUAAAAAGGCCUGCUCAGAAGCGGGUACCAUCACCGAAGCGAUUGCCAAUAACGUCAGUCAGGUGUCUUCCAUUUAUUACGCGCGCAUUUUCUUUGAAACUGAAGAUCAAGCCGCUAAGGCGGCCGAAUUACUUAACGGAAAAGUAUUUGACGGUAAGCGCAUUCACGCGUUGCAUCUUUCUUCGGCAUUGCUGCCUAAUUACAACACGUCUGUCUACGCGGCGCCGCUUGAAAGGAACGUCACAGAAGAAGAUGUUUACGAUCACUUCAAGCAGUUCGGUGAAAUCGAUUUCGUAAACCGACGCAAUUGUGGGGAAAAUGCCAUCAUUUGCUACAAGACCGAGGAAGCUGCAGAAAAGUCGCUCGCUUGUACCACCUUCCCUGCACCAACGGAAGCCAACAAGGAGGCAACGAAAACCAUCGCAGUGAAGCGGUAUGAUGGUCCUUUAGUGUUGCGCGUUGCUGGAGUAAAGCGCAAGGCCACGACAACACAACGUGCACCUGCUGACGGUAAAGCUCGCGAGCAGCGUGCUACGAGCGGUGCCAACAGAGAAAAGUCGCACAAAGACAUUCUACAAAAGUUACAGGCAUUCUAUCCUGUAUACGUGUCUAAUAUACCCUUCAGUUGUCCGACACAUGUUAUCCGUGAGUUCUGUUCUUCUCUUGGAGGCGAGGUGAAAUUCAUCUUCUCCCCUCAACACUAUCUGCUCUACCGAUUGAGUGCCCCGCAACCAGUGAAAACAGCAAUGGUCUAUUAUACGCGCCGCAAUGAUAUGUUGAAUGCGAUUAAACAACUAGACAAGAAGAUGCUCAACAACCAGCAUCUUCACGUGCUUCCAGGACGUGGAGAUUCUAACUUUGGACAACAGAAAACCCUCAAGCUAUCCAAGAUUAAUGAAUCCCUCUCAGAGGACGCGAUAUUCCGUAAGCUGCGCCCACUAGGUAAAGUUGUACGCUUGACCAAAAAGAGUCGCUCACUGGCAUUCGUCGAAUUUGCCGACAAUGCCGAUGUUGAAAAGAUCGUGAAAAUGAAGCAGGAGGAGCUGCCAAUCAAUUGUGUCUUUUCAAAGAUCACAAAAGAUGUCAGCCGUCGGCUGUACAACGAAUCUGACCCACGUAUUCUGGGUACGGUUGUACGAUUGCUAAGACGCAACCCGAAGAUGUUGAACAAAACUACCGGGGCCGGUCCACUUAUGAGCGGCAGCAAUGUCGUUGGAGGUCCCGGAGGAUUUGGUGGUGGCAAGCGACCUCGCAUGAGCGGUCCUCCUGGUUUCGGCAAUGCACCGCCCUUCAAUCCCAAUAAUGGUGGCAAUAAUCUUAAUAACAACCAAGCCAUUCAGGACCUUCUGCGCCUGGCGUUCAUGUCUGGCAAGAACGUGGGCGAAAGUCUGGCCGCCGGCGGUGGCAAUGUUGGUGGCAAUCAGGGCCCCAACCGUGGCGGCGGAGGCGGCGGUUCUUUCAAUAACGCCGAUCCACCAAUUUCUAACCAGGGCGGCGUUAACAACAACGCCUUCGGUGGUGGUGAUGGGGGCUUCGGCGCCGGCGGUAGCCGUAACAUGAAUAAUCGCAAUCAGAAUACGAACUUCCGCGGUGGCAACCGCAACAAUCAGAACAACAACGCCGGUGGCAAUCGUGGCCUCGGCAACAGCAACAACAAUGCUGGUAAUAAUAAUUUCGGCAACCAAAACCAGAAUAAUAACAAUGGUGGUCCACGAGGCUUAAGCGGUUCGCUAGGUGGCAACAACAGCGUUGGUAACAUGAACAACCGCAACAAUAUGAACAACUUGAACAAUCGAAACAAUAGUAAUAAUAUGAACAAGCGUAGCGGGGGCAAUAAUAUGCAACAACAAAACACCCUUCAAGGUAGUGGUGGUGCUGCAUCUGCGGGAAAUUUGAACAAGAACAGUGGAGGACUAAGGGGUAACAAUCAAGGAAUGGGAGGAGGAGGAGGUAAUGGAAUGGGCGGCGGUAGUAGUGGCAACAAUAUGAAUAUGAACCGCUCAAACAACAUGGGUGGUGGUGGCGGUGGUAUGGGCGGUGGCAACAAUAGAAACAAUCGCAACAACAGCUAUAACGAUAAUAAUUCGUUUGGCAGCGGAAACGUUGGGGGAGGUGGUAACAACAAUUCCUUCGGGAGUGGUGGCAACAAUUUUUCGAAUGACAAUUUUGGCGGUGGUCGUAACAAUGAUAACAGCUACUCGAACGACAAUUUCGGCGGUAGUGGUCGAAACGACAAUUUUGGAAACGACAACAACUUUUCUAAUAAUAGCGGCAGCGGCGGUGGCCGCAGCAGCUUCGGAAACCGAAACAACGAUAGCUAUGGAAGCAGCCGCAAUGACAACUUCGGUGGCGGCAGCUCCAAUUUUGGUGGCAACUCGUUUGGCAACAACAAUCGGUUCAAUAGCGACAAUGACGGCCCGUUCGGUGGCAACAGUGGCAAUUCCGGCAGUGGAAAUAAUGCCUUUGGGUUGAACAACCGUGGCAACAACUCAUCCAACAACCGGUUCAGGGAUGAUAAUGUCGGCGGUAGUGGCGGUUACGGUGGUGGUAACACCAACAACCGUGGCAACAACUUUAAUGAUAAUAGCAACAAUUUUGGCAACAACCGCGGUGGCGGCGGAGGCAAUCAGAAGCCUGAGGGUCUUUUCAACCUCGGUGGAGGUGGUUCUGGUAGUGGAAACCUUGGUGGCUUCAACAACAUGUACAACAAUUUCGGCGGAGGCAACUCCAGCAACUCGGGAAGUAACAACUUCCGCAAUAACGAUAACAAGGGAAGCUGGACGAGCGGCAACAGCAACAACAGCGGCAUCGGUGGCGGACGAUCGAAUAGCAACCAGGAUAGCAUUGGUCGUUUGGCGGGAAGCCUAUUUAGCCGUCGCUUCUAAAACCUUCUAUAUAACUACUGUUUGUUGUAAGGAGGAAACAAAAAAGAUGGGUUAACUUUUGUCUCUCCCGUUGAGCUGCGUAGGAGGCAAAAGUUUAUGCGCUAGAUUUCAACAGAGCGCACAUGCAUUAAUCCAUUUUUGCUUUUUUGACGAAUGUAUUUGCACAAUGGCUUUGAGAGCAAUUAUCGCUUUAUGAACGGGAGUUGAAAUUUCGAUCAUAUCAAAUCCCAAUCACCACCACACCCACCUACUGUAAUAGCCGCUCAUUCAUUCACAGGGGAAGGUUGCUCAGUAGAAUAAUGAAAAAUGUAGAUCUCUGUCGCAAUCUACUCAUAUAUUUAAGAUAAUGUAUGGUGCCGAUUCAGAUACACAUGCCUCAUUUUAUAUUUCUUCACCCGAUUGCUCUUGGUGAAACAGUUUUAUUGACAUUUGCAACAUUUUAUUUAUUUUACAGCUGACAGUUUGAAUGAUUCCUUUCCUUAGUAUUCUUCCAUGUUUGCUCUGUGUUGUUGGAAGAUUAGAUUGUUCUGUAAGUGCUGUCAGAAUAACAAAUUUUAAUAUAACUACCGAAAGAUCGGUUUAUAAACGUAGAGGCAAGGCAUAAAAGUAUCUGAGUUUAUUGACAUAGUGUAAGCAUGCAUACCAUACAAUUCAAUUAUAUUAGAGUAUAGACACAUUAAUGCGUCGAUAACACUUACAUUUGCUAAAAAUGUAUGUACAUGAAGGGAAACAAAUUAAAAACAAGGCGUUGUGUGCAAGCGCAGAUUAAAUGCACCAAUAAUUAGUUGUUAAAUCUACACCCUGAAUUAUGUUCCAAUUCCUCUUCUAGGUGAUAUGAGCAUUGCGUAGUUGCAAAGUAAGCGAGUUUGGCAACAGAAUGCGUCUAUGAUACAGACAUGGUAUUUUGUUUACGAUUUCUGUAAAUGCCAACUGUGCUUUUAAUAACACGAUUUUGAACCAAACCCCAUAAAGUUAUUAAUAUGGUUUUUGAAUGUAUCAGCAAAUAAAAGAGCUGUGGUUUUAUUUUGAUUUACGAAAUUAUUUCCUUAAUUUUUCAAAGUUAACGGAACUCAAGUCCUGUUAGUUUGUUGUUCUACAUGUAAGGUUUCUGAAAUGUAAUAGCAGAUCUUACAUGUAGCAUAUCAAUAACAAAACAGUGAAGAUGCAGAUUGAACAUCUUGAGAGAGCAAUCGUAUGAGAUGUCUUUUUGUUUAUUGAUUUUAGAUUUGGCUUGUAAACGAGAAACAAACAAGGUAUUUCUUUUCGUACGUACUAUGAUUGUGACCCUAGAAGAGUGUUUACUAAACUGUAACUAGCUAGUAGGCAAACAUUAAAUCGAAUUAAAAUUUCCCAUGUUUAAUAGUUUUAGUCCAAGCUCAUCUAUGAACAUAUUAUCUGAUCUACUUGAGCUAAGCGACGAUAUAGCAUGUUGUACUAAUUACUGAGUAGUGUUCGCAUAUAGUAACAACUUUUAGGGUCGUUCAGAUUGCGGAGCAUUUUAGCUGUAAGUAUCGACGUCAGCAAAUCCAUCGCGCUUCAGUCGUGUGCGAGAUUUGAAAAUAGGGGGUUGCAUAUCGGACUAAUUUCGACAAGUUUCGAAAAAAAAUGUACAACAGUCAGUCAGUCAGUCAGUCCAUCCAAGAGCGUAUGACUAUCGGCUGUCUCAGGUACACGUUUUUUCUGAGAGAGCACCGACUUUGCCAGCUUAUAAAAUGUGCAACGGUUAAAUUACGUCGCGAGAAAAAGCGAAAUAUGAAACAAACAAGCAUGAUGAUGUUUUGUAAUUCGAUGAUUAAAAAUACUACGAAUCCGAAGCACUUUGUGUGCUCCUUCGGCAAGGAAUACAAGAUGCUGAUUGCAAAAGAUGAAUCCUAGUUUAACAUAUUGGAUACCAAGCUAAAUAAAAUUUAAAAGCCAAUGAGUACUUGUACCUGGGAUUACUGGUUGUCUUUUUGCAUUUUCCAUGGAGACAAAGUAUAAAUAAUUUGGGAGAAUGAUGUAAUGCUUAUUAUUCCCUUUUUACAGUAAAUAUUAAAAUCGAAGAGUCGUGCAUCGUAGAUAAUCGCAAAGUAUUGCGAUGUUUGUCUGAAUUCAAUCGACACAACGGAAGUUCUGUUCGAUUCAGGCAUGAUGCUCUUCGUUACUAAUCAAAUGGAUUGUCUACGAAUGCGUCGAUGUCCAUGUUCAGCGCAAUAACAGAAGGUAUAAGAGGAUGAUAUCAAAGACUGUUGUGUUAACAGGCACUACAAACACGUAGCGAUCUUAGCCUGCUGCACGAGACACCUAAAAUAAUACUCGUGGUCAAGCGCCAUCGUCUACCACUCAUUGAAAGACUGACUAGAAGACUGGAGAAUUCCUGCGUGCAUAAUUGUAUAGAGAAAUUUAUCAUCUCAAAUCAAUCCUGUGGAGCAUUCGUCACCAAGCCACCAAAAAACAAUCUUUUUCUUCUGUAUAUACUACGCAAUUUUCUUUUUUCAUAUAGCUUCGCAACAACUAAAAAAAAACAAAAUUAUCAUAACCGUUGUACGUUUAUAAAUUAGCGCACAAUCAGGUAUGAGAUGCCGUAUCAACAUUAUUCAUGGACAGGCGUUUCUUUACACGCUUCUUGUUCAAACGACGCAUACAUUUCCUGGCCACAUGAUCAAGAGAGCAAAAUGGAAAAUACAGAUGAUUGAAUCGAUCAGAGCGCUUGACACACGGAUAUGUUUGCUCAUGAUUCUUAAGUUAUGUAAGUACAACCACCAACAUUACAUGUAUAUAACGGUGCCAGACACCCUUCGGCUUCCGUUUGUCUAUAUUUUAGAAUAAUCAAACCAUAUCGACUGGUCUGCACACAAUUGAACAUGCUAUGAGCACGUUCAGUAAUC